UCUAUGCCUCUCGAUUUGAUCGCUUCUUUCUUCCUAUCUUUCUUCCAUUUUGGUUGGGAGAGGGGAUUAAGAAAUGAAGAAAUCAAAAUUGUCGAAGCUAGACAGAUUCGACACCUUCUUUUCCUUGGCAAAACAACGAUCCGUUCAGAUUCUGUUCGCCGUUGGUUUCAUGUACUUAGUUUUGGUUACUCUGGAGAUCCCUUUCGUCUUCCGAACGGGGUUCAGUACUUUGUCUCAAGAACCCUUAACUCGGCUUCCCAGACUCGCCAGCGAGGUCGAUAUUCAAGAAAACGAGGCACCGACUCGUCCACUGAGUUCGGUUUCCAGAAACGCGUCCUCCCCCACUCGGCUCCAACACCAGAAACAACUAAGAAAUCAGUCUGGGAUCGUUUCCAAUUUGUCUUUCGAUGCUAAAUCCUUUGAACAAAGUGCGAAAGACGGGUCGUCAGAGCUCCAUAAGUCAGCAAAGCUUGCUUGGGAAGCUGGGAGAAAGCUCUGGGAAGAACUCGAAUCAGGGAUGGUCAAAAUUGACUCAGUAAACAGACUCAAAAAACCCAAGAAUGAAUCGGAACUGUGUAGGCCUUCGGUUUCUUUAUCUGAAUCGGAGUUUUUGGCCCAUGGGCAGGUCAUGGUGCUUCCCUGCGGGCUUACUUUGGGGUCUCACAUAACGGUGGUGGGGAAACCAAAAGCAGCACACGCGGAGACAAAUCCGAGGAUUGCGUUGCUGAAGGAUGGGGAAGAUUCCGUUAUGGUUUCGCAGUUUCUGAUGGAGUUGCAGGGGUUGAAGACGGUGGAUGGGGAGGACCCACCGCGGAUUCUUCAUUUUAAUCCGAGGUUGAAAGGGGAUUGGAGUAGGAAGCCGGUGAUCGAGCAGAACACUUGUUACAGGAUGCAGUGGGGGACUCCCAUGCGUUGUGAAGGGUGGAGGUCCAAGGCUGAUGAUGAGACUGUUGAUGGUCAGGCCAAGUGUGAGAAGUGGAUACGGGACGAUAAUGAUCGCUCUGAGGAAUCUAAUGCAACAUGGUGGUUGAAAAGGUUAAUAGGUCGAACAAAAAAGGUGACUGUUGACUGGCCAUUCCCAUUUACAGAGGGCAAGCUUUUUGUACUGACUCUUCGUGCUGGUUUGGAGGGAUACCAUGUUAAUGCCGAUGGGAGGCAUAUUACAUCUUUUCCAUAUCGGACUGGGUAUACCGUUGAAGAUGCCACUGGACUAACUUUGAAAGGAGACAUCUAUGUCCACUCUAUAUUUGCAGCAUCUUUGCCUACAUCACAUCCUAGUUUUGCUCCUCAAAGGCAUCUCGAAAUGUCCAACAGAUGGAAGGCUUCACCGCUUUCCGAGCGACCUGUGGAUCUGUUUAUCGGCGUACUUUCCGCAGGCAAUCAUUUUGUAGAGCGAAUGGCCGUAAGGAAGUCUUGGAUGCAGCAUAAACUUGUUAAAUCUUCAAAUGUAGUUUCUCGUUUCUUUGUGGCGAUGCAUGCUAGAAAUGAAGUGAAUGUAGAACUGAAGAGAGAAGCAGAUUUCUUUGGAGAUAUUGUCCUUGUGCCAUAUAUGGAUAACUAUGACCUUGUGGUGUUGAAAACUAUUGCCAUCUGUGAACAUGGGGGUCGUGUAGUGGGUGCCAAGUAUAUAAUGAAGUGUGACGAUGACACAUUUGUGAGAGUCGAUGCAGUGAUUAAUGAAGCAAAGAAAGUAAAUGAGGAUCGCAGUUUCUAUAUCGGAAACAUCAACUAUUACCACAAGCCCUUACGCUCCGGUAAAUGGGCAGUAACAUACGAGGAGUGGGAGGAGGAAGCUUAUCCGCCAUAUGCAAAUGGACCAGGCUACAUAUUGUCAUCCGACAUCUCUCACUUCAUCGUCUCCGAAUUUGAAAAGCACAAUUUAAGAUUGUUCAAGAUGGAAGAUGUGAGUAUGGGGAUGUGGGUGGAGAAAUUCAACAGAACAAAAGAGGUGGAAUAUGUACACAGCCUCAAGUUCUGCCAAUUCGGAUGCAUAGAAGAUUACUAUACAGCUCAUUACCAGUCCCCAAGACAGAUGAUUUGCAUGUGGGACAAGUUGCUAAAACAGACAACUCCUCAAUGUUGUAACAUGAGAUAACAUCCAAUGUAUACUCUUUUUUUUUUUUUUUGGUAAAUGCAUCUCAUUACCAGUCCCCAAGACAGAUGAUUUGCAUGUGGGACAAGUUGCUAAAACAGACAACUCCUCAAUGUUGCUAAAACAGACAAGUUGCUUAAUUCAACUUUGUUCUUUUCUUUU